GUUUUAUAUUUUUUAGGAGAUAAAUCACACUAUUUGCAAAGUUAUAUUUAUGAUUUUAUAAAGGACAAUAAUGAAAACUAUGAAUCAAAUUAUAUCUUUAAAUAUUUUUUUAUAUAUAUAGAUAUAUGAAUUGAUUCAUAAAUUCACCUAAUAUAAAACGGAAAAAAUCGAAAAAAAAAGUAAAAAAUUAGCAAGCACCGCAAGAGCAAACGUAUGAAACCACAGACAUUAGGAAACAGCAAAGAAACGGAAAGGUCUCGUCCUCAUUGCUAAUAACGUGGCGACCUGCCCAUGUGACUUUUGUCACUCUCUAAACACGUCGACACCAUUCUUCGUUCCAUUAUAUAAUGAUAUCCACCUUAAUUACACCCUUUUUUUCUUGUCUUUAAUUACAUUGUUAAUUGCCAAAAAAAAUAAUUGCUACUCCAAUUUAUUCAUUAGAAUAUUGUGUUUUGCCAGCAUUUUUCCACAAAUAUGGUACACUCUUCCUCUUCUCCCCUUUUUAUCAUCUCUUGAUUAAUUAAUUGCAUUUCUGCUGUUCCAUUUAUUUUUUUUGUAGUGUUUACUUAAAAAUGGUACAGCACUUUAUGCUUUACAUGAUACUUGCUAACGCACUGAUUACUACUGUAGCAAGCUAGCUAGUUGUGCCUCACCCAAUUAUAUGUGAGUCGUGUGAGGCUUCUUUUUCGUCUCAAGUUGGUAGACCAAAAUUUUAAGCCCCCAGUAGUAUUCUUUUUAGGUCCAGACAAGUGCUGAGUCGUCGUCACAGCAAAAUUGCAGCAAUUAUUAUUAUAUUAAUAAUAUAAUAAUAAUUAUAUUAUAUUUAACGACAAUAAUAAAUAUCAUUAUAAAUGCUGCUUUAUUGUACCUCCGGUGAGGUGCAAAAUAAUUUUUUUCGCGCAUGGAUAAUAAAUUGCUGAAUAUAAGUACUUUAAGAACUGAAAUGGCAGACUAGAAGUUGAAGAUUUUUAGGUUUUGUUUACUGAUUCGUAUGAAGGAAUAUGUUUCUCACGAAAAUAGUUUUUUUUUUUUUGAAAAAUAAAUGUUUGUUAGAUUUUUUACGUAUUUUUUUGGUGUUUGGGGAGUGAUCGAAAAAUAUUUCGACCCAAAAGCACUUACAUAUAAUACAGCCAGACACCUCUGAUUGAAGCUGAAAAUGUGAUUACUGUGGACAAAAUGGUUAAUUAGUGUAUCUUCUUUAAUCAUCAAACUAUGUCUUUCUUCAAAACUAACAUUUGUAAUGCAGGUCAGAAUUUAUAGAAUGUUCCACAAAAUUUUACCACAGAGAACCCGGGGUUAUUCCCGGGAAUUCACCUCAAGAGGGAAAUUGGGUCCUAAAAACUGCGGCGAACACUUGGAACAAGCCAAAAAUGAGUUUCCGGUAUGUAAAUGUGGAUUCGAUAUGUUGGAUGCUGGCUUUUUCGAUGACUGUAAGAAGCUUGAAAUACAAAAGGGUGCAAAAGAUUUUAAUAUUCCUAUAAUAAGAUCCAACCGGAAGUUAGUUGCUACUGCAAAUGGAGGUUUGCGUGACCCUUCUCCUUUAGUUUUCAAUUCUGCAUGGAAAUCCCAAGAAGCAAAGCAAGUAACGGACAAGUUCAAUUGCCCUGUAUCCUCUGGUAUUCAAAGGCCAAAAAAUGAUGAGGAUCUUGCUUUCAUGAGUGUUCUUGAACUCGGGCAACUUAUCAAGGCAAAACUGAUUACAUCCGAGGAAUUCACUGGAAUUUUUCUGAACAGAUUAAAAAGGUACGGCCCUGUCCUUGAAUCUGUUAUCACAAUUACUGAAGACUUAGCAUUUCAACAAGCAAAAGAGGCUGAUCAAGUGCUUGCAAAAGGCAAAUAUUUGGGUCCUCUUCAUGGGAUUCCGUAUGGUCUAAAGGACAUUAUUGCAGUACCAAACUAUCCCACAACAUGGGGUUCCAAAUCUUUCAAGGAUCAAGUUAUUGAUGUCGAAGCUUGGGUUUAUAAGAGGCUGAAAUCUGCGGGUGCAGUUCUUGUUUCAAAAUUAGUCCCUGGUUCUUUAGCUUAUGAUGAUAUUUGGUUCGGUGGUAGAACAAGAAACCCUUGGAAUAUCGAAGAAUUUUCUACUGGUUCAUCAGCAGGGCCAACUUCCAGCACAUCAGCAGGUAUAGUUCCAUUUGCCAUUGGUUCAGAAACUGUUGGGUCUAUUACCUACCCAGCUACUAGGUGUGGUGUUACUGCAUUGCGGCCCACUUUUGGAGCUGUUGGUCGUACUGGAGUUAUGAGCAUAUCCGAAAGCUUGGACAAACUAGGCCCUAUUUGCAGAAGUGCUGCAGAUUGUGCGGUUGUUCUCGAUGCCAUCCGAGGAAAGGACCCAGAUGAUCUUUCAUCCAGGGACAUCAUGUUAGGUGAUCCAUUUUCCGUUGACAUUACAAAACUCACUGUUGGGUAUCUUGAAGAUGCUGACAAGGAAGUCGUUGAUGUACUUAAAUCAAAGGGAGUGAAUAUGGUUCCAUUUAAUCUGGAUUACACUGUUGACAGUGCUCAAGGUAUUGUCAGCUUCACUAUGGAUGUUGACAUGCUAGCUCAUUUUGACAAGUGGCAGCGCUCAAACCAGGAUGAUGAAUUUGAAGCUCAAGACCAAUGGCCUCUUGAACUUCGCCGCGCCCGAGUAAUAUCUGCUGUAGACUAUAUUCAGGCACAGAGAGGGCGAAGCAAAUUGAUUCAGGAAGUGAAAGAGAACUUCAAAGUUGACGCAUUUGUUGGAGAUUCGAGUGACUGGGAGAAAGUUUGUGUGGGCAAUCUCGUGGGUAUGCCAGUAGUGGUGGUUCCAACAGGUUUUAAGAAGAUAUCCAAUGCACCGUCUGAUGAUACUCGCAGGAAGACAACAAUAACUACUGGCAUUUAUGCUCCUCCUGACAAUGAUCAUGUUGCUUUAGCAUUGGCAAUGGCGUAUCAGUUGGUGACCAACCAUCAUAAGCAGCGCCCUCCAAUUAACGACAUUGGGCCAAAUGAUUCAAUUCCAAAUCCACCCACUUCAAUUGUACCCGCAAGACAACUACGUGGUUAUUAGUCUCUGUAGACUGUAGGGUGUUCAAUGUCACUCUGUGUUAUAGAUGUAUACUCUAGUUGUAGUUGUCAAAACUAUGAAGUGUUGAAUCAUAUUCUCUUAGUGACAAAAGGAAGAGAAUACUUCUCUCUUUUUGUUUAUGCUAAACUAGACCAUUCGGGGGCAGGGGGGCCAUCUUUUUGAUAUAUUCGUUUCAUUCUUUAGCAAUUCUCUACAGCUGAUAGUUUGGCCAUAUACCUUUCACAAACUGUUUGCGCUUGCUAAGAGAUAUUAGAUAGUCUGGCAACAAAAAAUUCAAUUUCGAACCCUGCGUUGAUGUUUUAAAUCCAAGAAAGGAUCAAGAAUGGGAGCUUGUAACUAUUUAUCAAAUCGGACUUGUAAACAUGAUCUCUUUCAGGUUGCUGCUUCUUCCCACUACUAGAAAUUCGAUUAAUAGGUCCAUUUGAGCUGCUUAUGUAAACAAUUUUCUGCCAGUUGUAUCUUGACCGAUCUGCUCUAAAGCUGUUAGAAGGAAAAGAAGAGACCACGAAGCAUAGAGACAUCAAAAGAGUGAGUGUCG